AAGAGUAGAGUAAUGAAGAUCGAUAAUGGGAAUGUGAUAACAAGUAAUCCGGAUCCGUGUAGCCGGUGGCCGGCGUGCUCCGUGAGGGUUCCCCGCCGAUAAUAUUUAUAUUGAGCUUCCAUCCCCUUUGAAUGUUACCUACCUACUCAAUAUCAGCUGUGCUAUGAAAAGAGAGUCUGUCUGUGAGUGGUGUGUGUAUCAAUACCUAGGCUACGGUUAAGUAAGGAGUGUCUAUUAUUCUUCCACCAUACAUUUAUCGAGAUAAAGGGGCGCUGCCUGCCAAUAUGGCCGUCACCAAUGAAACCGCCGAUUCGUUCGAGAUCCCGAUUAUCGACAUAUCUCCGUACCUCGAGAACCCGUCCUCAGCAGCGGCGGCCAAGGUUGUCGACGAGGUACGCCAGGCAUGCACGACUAGUGGUUUUUUCCAAAUAAUCAACCACGGCGUGCCAAAGGAACUACGGGAUGCUCUCUUCAAAGCCGCCGAGACCUUCUUCGCGCUUCCGCUCGAGGAGAAGGCGUCGCUUCGGCACCCGGUGUUGAAAAAUAGGGGCUAUGAGUUGAUCGGCUCGCAGGCUUUGCAGGAGGAUACCUUGCCUGAUCUCAAGGAAGGUUUCUUCAUCGGCCAGCACAUCCCCUCCUCCGACCCGCGCUCGCAAGCACACCCAGUGCUAAUCGGACCCAACAUCUUCCCCCCGAGCCUGCCCGACUCAGCGCUCAAGGAACCCACGGAGGCGUACUACGCGGCCGUGUUCGCGCUGUCGUGCACCGUCAUGGAGAUCCUCGCCAAGGGCCUCCCCUACGGCGACGACGUCUUCGUCCCGUUCGUUUCCAACGACCCUGUCUGCGCUCUACGACUGCUGCACUACCCACCGCAGGAGUCGACGGACGAGCGGCAGCUGGGCGCGGGGGCGCAUACGGAUUUUGGUUCCAUAACCCUCCUCCUCCAGGACACCUCGGGCGGCCUCGAGGUCCUCAACCGCGCCACCUCCACCUGGAUCCCGGUGCACCCCAACCCGGACGCCUACGUCGUCAACAUCGCCGACAUGCUGUCCUUCUGGACGCGCGACGUCUACAAGAGCACCGUGCACCGCGUCGUCAACCGCAGCGGCGGGCAUCGGUACUCUGCUCCUUUCUUCUUCGACGGGAACACGGAUGUGGAGCUGGCGCCGCUGGACGGGUCGGGGGGAGGGAGGAGGGCGAUCACGGCGGAGGAGCACAUGUUGGAGAGGUAUGGGACGACGUAUGGGAGGGUGGAGAAGGGGAAGAAGGAUGUGGUGCAGGUGGAGGUGGGGAAGGGGGUUGUUGUUGCGUAGGUACCUACCUAGGGAGGUAGAGGGGGUUUCUACACUAAGAUUUGGGUGGGAAGGGGGUUGUGUACGAGGAACAGGGCCUUUGUCGUACAGAGAGUUGCCCAAGGAGCAAGAUGUCAGAUUGAAUGACUGCAUUGCGCACUACUAUGCCGAAGGUGUCAUAUCAAAUUUAUUGAAACCUAUCCAUGCGUGAA